AUGCCUACAGUUUUACCAGAAAACACAGCUACAACUUCGAAAGCAGCUGACCAUUCUGAACAAAUGUGGAAAGUACUUAAAAAUCAUAUAUUAAGAGAAAGAGCCAGGAAAAAACAAGAAAGGGAACAAGAAGUUGAAGAAGAAAGGUUAAGAAAAGAACGGGAAGCCAGAGAGCAGCAAGAUGUCAUGACUUUGGGGGAAACAAGGGAUCAAAUUCUACAGCUUGAACAAAAGUUGACCCACUUAAAAGAAGAAAAGCAUCAGUUAUUUUUACAAUUAAAAAAGGUUUUAAAUGAAGAUGAUAAUAGGAGGCGACAGAAGGAAAAUACAGAAAACUUAAUAUCUUUACAACAAAUACCAGGAAAUAUGGUACAUCCACAACUAUAUAUUCAGCAGCAGCCCCAAUUCCAACCACCACCACAACAACAACAACAACAACAGCCCCCUCAACCUCCACGAUUGGUUCCUAUGCCUCAACAACAGCCACAGCCACCCCCACAAACAGUUUUUAAACAGUCAAAAAGACCUAGGAGUCCUAGUCCGCCGCCACAAGUACCUGUCACAAUGUAUCAUAAUUAUGGUUACAAAACUCCCACAGUGGGGACUUCUUCUUACCAGGGAUCUCCUCAAAAAGAUGACAAUAGACGUAAUGAAUUAGUACGAGCAGUGCUGUGGAACAAAACUCCCCAGUACGGAAACCAACCUAGCGCAUUUUAUCCUGUAGCCCCACAAGAACUUCCCAUUUAUUACCCCACGAACCGAGAACCCGCUAGAACUGUAUACGAGCCACAGAGGAUACAAACCUAUCACCUGGAGCCGAAAUUAUCCGACCACUAUAUGCUGAGGGCGCAGCCUUCUUCGCACGGACACGUAAUCCAUCCGGGACCCAUGCCUAUUAAUCAACAAGCACCACAGAAAAUUGGUGGAAGUAUCACUGCCGGUUACCCAGUAAGAAGUCAACCACAGUAUCAACAGGCCCCUCAAGCUUCGCUGUAUACGGGUCCUGCAAGGACGCUGUACCAGUCACCCGUCACUUACCAGGCAAGAGAAUGA